CUGCUCUUACAAACCUCAUCGUCUCCUUCAACCAUUAUCAACUAUCUUUUCUUCUUACUUUCUCAUAGCAAAGAUGCAUCUUUUUUCAUCUUAUGUUUUAGUGUGUUUUUGGGUGCAUUGCUUCGCACCCAUGGUGUUGUCCAUCAAUUUGGUUGAUGAGUUUGCUCUUAUUGCCUUGAAAACCCACAUUACAUAUGAUUCCCAAGGUAUUUUGGCAACAAAUUGGUCUACCAAAAGCCCCCACUGCAGUUGGAUUGGAAUUUCUUGCAACGCUCCUCAACAAAGUGUUUCUGCAAUCAACCUCUCUAACAUGGGUCUUGAAGGAACUAUUGCGCCACAAGUCGGCAACCUCUCCUUUCUUGUUUCCCUUGAUCUUAGUAAUAACCACUUUCAUGGAUCUCUUCCUAAGGAUAUUGGUAAGUGCAAGGAGCUUCAACAGCUGAAUUUAUUUAAUAAUAAAUUGGUUGGAGGCAUUCCAAAAGCCAUUUGUAAUUUAUCAAAACUUGAAGAGCUAUAUCUUGGCAAUAAUCAGUUGAUUGGUGAAAUUCCAAAGAAAAUGAAUCAUCUUCAGAAUCUGAAGGUAUUAUCAUUCCCAAUGAACAACUUAACAGGUUCCAUACCGGCCACCAUUUUCAACAUAUCUUCUUUGCUCAAUAUUAGUCUCUCCAAUAAUAACCUCUCUGGGAGUCUUCCCAUGGAUAUGUGCUACGCCAAUGCAAAGCUCAAGGAGCUUAAUCUUUCAUCAAAUCAUUUGAGUGGAAAGAUCCCCACUGGUUUAGGCCAAUGUAUGAAGUUUCAAGUAAUUUCCUUAUCAUAUAAUGAUUUCACGGGAAGCAUACCAAGUGGAAUCGGUAACUUGGUGGAGCUUCAGAGAUUGUCUCUACGGAAUAACAACUUGACAGGAGAAAUACCUCAAUUAUUGUUCAACAUCUCUUCGUUGAGGUUUUUGAGUCUAGCAAUAAAUAACCUAGAAGGUGAAAUCCCCUCUAGUUUGUCACAUUGCAGAGAACUCCGAGUGCUAUCAUUAUCUUUCAAUCAGUUCACUGGAGGCAUUCCACAAGCCAUAGGGAGUUUAUCCGACCUUGAAGAAAUAUAUCUCGGUUAUAACAAAUUGACAGGAGAAAUCCCCUCCAAUUUGUUGCAUUGCAGAGAGCUCCGAGUGCUAUUAUUAUCUUUCAAUCAGUUCACUGGAGGCAUUCCACAAGCCAUAGGGAGUUUAUCCAACCUUGAAGAAUUAUAUCUUGCCUUUAACAAAUUGACAGGAGAAAUACCUCAAUUAUUGUUCAACAUCUCUUCCUUAAGGUUUUUGUCUCUGGUAGCAAAUAACCUAGAAGGUGAAAUCCCCUCCAAUUUGUCGCAUUGCAGAGAGCUCCGAGUGCUAUCAUUAUCUUUCAAUCAGUUCACUGGAGGCAUUCCACAAGCCAUAGGGAGUUUAUCCAACCUUGAAGGAUUAUAUCUUAGUUAUAACAAAUUGACAGGUGGAAUUCCUAGAGAGAUUGGGAAUCUUUCAAAUUUAAAUAUUUUGCAGUUAAGAUCUAAUGGGAUAAGUGGCCCUAUUCCUGCCGAAAUUUUCAAUAUCUCUUCAUUGCAAGGGAUUGGUUUCGGUAAUAAUAGCCUUUCUGGGAGUCUUCCAAUGGAUAUUUGCAAACAUCUUCCUAAUCUCCAAUGGCUCUAUCUUUAUCGGAAUCAUCUCAGUGGUCAACUUCCUACAACUCUAUCCUUAUGUGGAGAGCUCCUGUACCUGUCACUAUCAGUCAAUAAAUUCAGAGGAAGCAUACCAAGAGAAAUUGGCAACUUAUCAAAGCUUGAAGAGAUCUAUCUAGAUGACAAUAGCCUCGUAGGUUCCAUUCCAACUUCAUUUGGUAAUUUGAAGGCCUUAAAAUAUCUUCAGUUGGGAACAAACAAUCUUACGGGGACGAUACCAGAAGCUCUUUUUAACAUCUCUAAACUACAGACCCUUGAGUUGGUGCAAAAUCACCUUUCAGGCAGUCUCCCACCAAGUAUUGGCACUUGGCUCCCGGAUCUUGAAGGGCUUUUUAUAGGAAUCAAUGAAUUUAGUGGAAUAAUUCCAAUGUCUAUUUCAAAUAUGUCGAAACUUAUCCAACUACAAGUAUGGGACAACUCCUUCACUGGUAAUGUGCCAAAAGAUCUCGGUAACCUGACAAAGCUUGAAGUUCUCAACCUUGCAGGCAAUCAAUUGACUGAUGAACACUUAGCCUCUGGGGUUAGUUUUCUUACUUCUUUGACAAAUUGCAAAUUUUUGAGAAAUUUGUGGAUAGGUUAUAAUCCUUUGAAAGGUACUCUUCCAAAUUCACUAGGGAAUCUUCCCAUUGCUCUUGAAAGUUUUACUGCAUCAGCCUGCCAAUUCAGAGGAACCAUUCCCACAGGAAUUGGUAAUUUGACCAAUUUGAUAGAGCUGGACCUAGGAGCUAAUGACUUGACAAGGUCAAUUCCAACUACAUUGGGACGGCUACAGAAGCUCCAACUGUUGGACAUUGCUGGAAAUAGAAUACGAGGAUCCAUUCCAAAUGAUCUUUGCCAUUUGAAGAACUUAGGAUACUUGGGUUUAAGUUCUAACAAAUUGUCUGGUUCAAUCCCAAGUUGUUUUGGAGAUCUUCCUGCGCUACAAGAACUCUUUCUUGACUCCAAUGUGUUAGCUUUCAACAUUCCUACAUCCUUGUGGAGCCUUAGAGAUCUGUUGGAUCUUAACUUCUCUUCAAAUUUCUUGACUGGUAAUCUACCUCCCGAAGUUGGAAACAUGAAGUCCAUUACAACAUUGGACCUAUCAAAGAACCUUAUUUCAGGUUACAUUCCAAGAAGGAUGGGAAAACUACAAAAUUUGGCUAAACUCUCCUUGUCCCAAAAUAAACUACAAGGCUCAAUACCUAUAGAAUUUGGUGAUUUGGUAAGCUUGGAAUCCUUGGAUCUAUCCCAGAACAAUUUAUCCGGAACCAUUCCCAAGUCAUUGGAGGCCCUAAUUUAUCUCAAGUAUCUAAAUGUUUCUUUGAAUAAACUACAAGGAGAAAUUCCGAAUGGAGGACCUUUCAUAAACUUCACUGCUGAAUCGUUCAUGUUCAAUGAAGCCUUAUGUGGAGCACCUCAUUUUCAAGUCAUGGCAUGUGAUAAAAACAACCGCACUCAAUCAUGGAAGACAAAGUCAUUCAUCUUGAAAUAUAUUCUAUUACCAGUCGGAUCAACAGUAACUUUAGUGGUUUUCAUUGUUCUGUGGAUACGUAGACGAGAUAACAUGGAAAUACCAACUCCAAUUGAUUCAUGGCUCCCUGGAACACAUGAAAAGAUUUCACACCAGCAGCUUCUUUAUGCAACAAAUGACUUUGGUGAAGACAAUUUGAUUGGGAAAGGAAGCCAGGGCAUGGUAUAUAAAGGGGUAUUAUCUAAUGGCUUGACUGUUGCUAUAAAGGUUUUCAAUUUAGAAUUCCAAGGAGCCUUGAGGAGUUUCGAUUCAGAAUGUGAAGUGAUGCAAGGGAUUCGCCACCGAAAUCUUGUUAGGAUAAUUACCUGUUGCUCAAACCUCGAUUUCAAAGCGUUGGUGCUCGAAUAUAUGCCUAAUGGAAGUCUUGAGAAGUGGUUGUAUUCCCACAACUAUUUUUUGGAUCUCAUCCAAAGAUUAAACAUUAUGAUAGAUGUAGCAUCAGCAUUAGAGUACCUUCAUCAUGAUUGUUUGAGCCUUGUGGUGCAUUGCGACUUGAAGCCCAAUAAUGUUUUGUUAGAUGACGAUAUGGUUGCACAUGUGGCCGAUUUUGGGAUCGCAAAACUCUUGACUGAAACAGAGUCUAUGCAGCAAACAAAGACCUUAGGCACAAUAGGCUAUAUGGCACCAGAGCAUGGCUCAGAUGGGAUAGUAUCCACAAAGAGCGAUGUUUAUAGCUAUGGGAUCUUGUUGAUGGAAGUAUUUGCAAGGAAGAAGCCUAUGGAUGAAAUGUUCACUGGGGAUCUAACCUUGAAGACUUGGGUAGAGUCAUUAUCCAAUUCAGUGAUACAGGUUGUUGAUGCUAAUCUAUUGAGAAGAGAAGAUGAAGACCUUGCCACAAAGCUAAGUUGUUUGUCCUCUAUUAUGGCUUUAGCUUUGGCAUGUACAAGCGAUUCACCUGAGGAGAGGAUCGACAUGAAAGAUGCGGUAGUUGAACUCAAGAAGAGCAGAAUCAAACUGUUGAUGUAAGGAUUAUUUCAAAAGAUGGGAUGGAAGAUGUCAAUAGUUCAAAGGAAGCCAAAAGUCGGAAGUUGGAGCUGGUUAAGAGUACACAAAGCAAUAUCCCAGGCACUGUUAAGUAUAUGUCAUGGUUCUACAUGUUUAAUUUCUUUGGUAUUUUUCACAUGACGACCAAAUGUGAAAAAAUCAUUUGUCUUAACAAUUUUUUUUUCCUUCUUUAAUGCUUUUUGAGAACCAAACAUAAGCUAAGGGAUUUGUGGUGAUAGAUUAUCUUAGCAUAAUUUUCAAAUGAUUGAAUGACCAUGAAAAUCAUGGUUUUAGUCUUGAGUAAUAUCGUCAAUAGAAACAUAGUUUCCAAAUACAUGUAGUUUUAAUGAGCUAUGUGUGUUAAA